AUGUUGCGCGAAGUCAAAGCAAAGAACCCGCGCACUGCGCGCAUCCUCAAGGCACGGGAGCCCCAGCUCAUUGAACCCGCGAAGAAGACUCUACUCCUGCACGGCACAAAAUGCCCCCAGGCACUCGACACCGUUCUGAAGACAUUUCACUCGCUUACGAAGCCUCACUCCGUCCUGUUCCACAAGAAGAAUGAGUUUCACCCCUUUGAGAACACUGAGAGCAUGGAGUUCUUGGCGAACAAGAACGAGUGCGGCCUGGUCGUCUUUGGAAGCAGCAAUAAGAAGCGCCCCAACUGCGUUACUCUUGCACGGAUCUUCAACUCACAAACUCUCGACAUUUGCGAAAUGAUGCUUCUUCCCGCAUCCGACAGCGGCGCCAUCCCGCGUAUCAACGAGCUCGUCAUGCACGUGGGACUCGGCCUGCGACCCAUGAUGCUCUUCUCCGGUAGCCCAUGGGAGGACCCGAACUCUUCAGCACACGUUAUGCUCAAGAGCUUCUUCCUGGACAUGUUCAAGGGCGAGGAGACCCGCCAAAUCGACGUCGAAGGUCUGCAAUACGUUCUGAUGGUCGCCGCGGAGGAGCCCCGCGAGAACCUUUCCCCGGUUGUGCACCUGCGGUGGUACAAGGUUGUCACCAAGCGCAGCGGCCACAAGCUACCUCGUGUGGAGCUGGAGGAGGUUGGUCCCAAGUUCGACUUCAAGAUCGGCCGCAUGCGCCCCGCUACCCCCGAGGCCAUGAAGGAGGCCAUGAAGCAGGGUAAGCGCCCCAACGAGGAGAUGAGGACCAAGAAGAACAUCACCAUGGACACGAUGGGUGAUAAGAUCGGUCGCGUUCACCUGGGCAAGCAGGAUCUGGGCGGCCUCCAGACCCGCAAGAUGAAGGGUCUGAAGCGUCGGGCGGGGAUCGAGUCGGACGACGAGGAGGAGCUGGAGAUGAUGGAUGUGGACGAGAUUUUGGAGGACGAGAGCCACAAGCGCGCUCGCACGGACUAG